CUCCCCAGGACGCCGGCUGGAACGGAGCCGAGAGCUUUGGCUGCGGAUGCCCCGGCAGGGCCCGUCCAUGGAUGCCAGUAAGAAGGUGGAUCUGAAGAUAAUUAUCAUAGGAGCUCUGGGCGUUGGCAAAACCUCCCUCCUGCACCAGUACGUGCACAAGACGUUUUACGAAGAUUACCGCACCACGCUGGGCGCCAGCAUCCUGACCAAAGUCCUCGCGGUGGACAACACCCCCCUGAAACUGCAGAUCUGGGACACGGGGGGACAGGAGCGAUUCCGGUCCAUGGUGUCGACCUUUUACAAAGGCUCAGACGGCUGCAUGCUGGCCUUCGACGUGACGGACAGGGAGUCCUUUGAGUCCCUGGACAACUGGAGAGAUGACUUCCUGGAGAAGGUCAUUCCAAGGGAGCAAGAUUUCCCCAUGGUUGUGCUGGGGAACAAAAUAGACAUCUGUGAUCGCCAGGUACCCAAGGAGAUUGCCUCAGCCUGGUGCAAGGAGAAAGACAUCCCCUAUUUUGAAGUCAGUGCCAAAAACAACAUCAACGUUGCAGAGGCUUUCGAGACCCUCGCAAAGCAGGCGUUAACAACGUAUAAAGGGAUUUUUGAGAGUUAUUUAACCGACUCCAUCAAACUCACUCCCAACGACAAGCCCAAGAAGAGCUGCUGCUGACCCUGGGCACGCUGCUGUGCUCCAGGCUGUCUGGUGCAAGCACAGCCCAGGCGUGCUGGACCCCACGAUGCCCAAGGCUGGAGCCCUGCCCGGGGGGGUCCGUGCCCCCGCCCGCCCCAGCCCGGCCGCAGAGGCUGGCCAAGCCAGGGCACAGGACGGCUGCCGCUCGACGCGCGGGGGCCAGCUGGCUGCGCACCCCGGGGCUUGCUGCUUCCCACAUCUCCGGAGCUGCUCUCCUAAACCAGCAGCCUCCCAAAUGGCCGCUGCGUCACGGUGGCCCAUCCCCCUCGAUCCGCUGCCGUCUGGCACCCAAGCGGGCGAUCCCCCUGCAGUGACGGUGCCAGGGAGCUGGGCAGUGCUCCUGAUGCCUUUCCAGAGACCAUGACCUUGGCCCCGCAGGUGACCCUUCCCGGCGUGUGGACUUGGUGGCCCUGCGGCACUCACGGUGCUUGCGGUGCGUACGGGCUGUCCUGGGGGGAGAAGUGGGGCUGGUGGCCAUGGCACAGGUCUGAGAGCAGCUGGGUCCCCUCCCGGGGUCAGCCGCUGUGGAUGUAACCAUUCCGUGCCUCAGUUUCCCCUGCUCUCAUGCAUACCCCCUGUCAAACACCUUCCACCUCCCGCCUCACUGGUGAGGAUCCUCGGUAAAGCACUUUGUCAGGGAUUCUUUUUUUAAAAAAACGAAAUUAAAUAUU